CACCUGGCGCCCGACGGCGCGCACCGCACCCGCCUGCAGACCUGGCAGGGGCUAUCGCAGAAGUACUGGUGGCGAGGUAUUCUUAAGCAGGUUAAAGAUUACAUUAAAGAAUGCAGCAAGUGCCAGGAAAAGCUAGAUCGUUCUAGAUCUCUGUUAGAUCCUUCAGAAAUGCUGGAAGAACUUGGACUGGAUGUAAAAUCUCAUGAAGACAGUAAUGAAACAGACGAUGAAGUGAGCAAUGCGGCAUCAAUCCCAGCUGCAUCCCCAAAGCCUGUGAAGAAGAAGCCAAUAGCAAAACAUGAGCUUGUAUUUGUUGACAGUAAGGGCCUUGUGAAGCAGUCGUCUUCCAAACAUUGUCUGUCAGUCUUAAACCAACUGAAUCAGCAGAGGCUUUCCAAUCAGUUCUGUGAUGUGACUCUACUGAUUGAAGGAGAGGAGUACAAAGCUCACAAAUCUGUCUUGGCAGCCAACAGCGAGUACUUCCGAGAGCUCUUCAUUGAGAAGGGAGCUGUCACUAGUCAUGAAGCUGUAGUGGAUCUGUCAGGGUUUUGCAAGUCAAGUUUCCUUCCACUAUUGGAAUUUGCUUAUACUUCAGAAUUAACUUUUGACUUCUGUAGUAUGGCAGAACUGGCCAUGCUUGCCCGGCAUCUCCUCAUGUCAGAGGUUCUUGAAAUCUGUGAGAAUGUUCACAAACAGAUGGAAGAGAAACAAAUUACAGUGUACCAAAAGGGAGAUAUUCAAACAGUAGAGUCAACACAGAAUUUAACAGAGCAAACUGCAGUUGAGAUGCCUCCUGUGGACAGUGCUGAGCAACCUCUGCCAGUAGAGCUGACGGCCAGUGAAGUGACAGCAACUGUGAAUGGAGCUCCUUCCUCUGUUGAGCCAGAGGAGAAAGCAAAAUCCCACCCUGGCAUCCCACCCCCAGGGCCUGUGGAGGCCUGUCCUGAUGAUCUUUCAAAGCCUGUGGAGCAGUCUGAAGCAAUUGAAAAUGGUGUCAAAAUGCAGCUGGUAGAGAGCGUUUCAAAUAGCUCCAUGUCUGCCAGGCAGCCUGAGCCAUCAGUUGUGGAAGCCAUGGAUACAGAAAGUCCGUUGCAAAAGGAGACAGAUGCAAAUGAAAAUUGUAAAGUAAAUGCAGAGACUAUUUCUGGAGACUCCUCAGAAAUGCUCAAGGAAAAGCAUGGCAGACAAAGUAGAGAACAGAGCCUUUCUGCUUCACCACCGGAAAGCUUGGCUUCCAGUCAGGAUGACACUUACAAGAGUAAGCUUCGGCAGCGGUCUGUUAGUGAAGGUGGAUACAUCAGAUUGCAUAAAGGAAUCGAGAAGAAACUGCAGAACAGAAAGACAAAUCCUAAAUCUGCAAUACAGCAGGUUGCCAUGAAGCUGGUUCAGAGAGGGAAAAAAAUGAAACAGCCCAAAAGAGAGACCACGGAAAAUAACGAAGUAGAAGCUCAGCACAAAUGCACUGAGUGUGGAAUGGUGUUCCAGCGACGCUAUGCACUUAUCAUGCACACACUGAAGCAUGAAAGGUCUAAAGACUACAAGUGCCCAUUGUGUAAAAAAGAAUUCCAGUAUGGUGCCUCCCUGCGAGCCCAUCUUGUCCGACACACGCGCAAGACUGAGGUGAAUGCUGCAGCUGAUGGUGUAGAAGAGACAGGCGUGUCCUCAGUGAAAGGGAGAACUAAACGGGAGUUCAUAUGUGAUAUAUGUGGGAGAACUCUGCCUAAGCUCUAUUCUCUCAGGAUACAUAUGCUCAAACAUACUGGUGUAAAACCACACGCUUGCAAGGUUUGUGGAAAAACCUUUACAUAUAAGCAUGGAUUAAAAAUGCACUUAGCUCUUCACGAAGUACAGAAACAGUUCAAGUGUGAUUUGUGUGAGAAGUCCUUUGUCACAAAAAGAAGCCUUCAAGAACAUAUGAGCAUUCAUACUGGAGAAUCCAAGCAUCUUUGCACCAUCUGUGGAAAAUCUUUCCACAGGGCGUCGGGACUCAGUAAACACAUAAAGAAACACCAGCCAAAGCCUGAAGUUCGUGGAUAUCAGUGUACUCAGUGUGAAAAGAGUUUCUAUGAAGCUAGAGAUCUCCGUCAGCAUAUGAAUAAGCAUUUAGAUGUGAAACCAUUUCAGUGCCAGUUCUGUGGAAAAUGUUACAGUUGGAAGAAAGAUUGGUAUUCUCAUGUAAAGUCUCACUCUGUCACAGACCCUUAUAGGUGUAAUGUAUGUGGUAAAGAAUUUUAUGAGAAGGCUUUGUACAGAAGACAUGUGAAGAAAGCCACGCAUGGGAAAAAAGGAAGAGCAAAACAAAACCUGGAACGAGUUUGUGAGCAUUGUGGAAGAAAAUUCACACUGCUCCGGGAGUAUAGGAGACACAUGAACAAUCAUCAAGGUGUGAAGCCAUUUGAAUGUCUAACUUGCGGAGUCGCCUGGGCUGAUGCACGCUCCCUGAAGCGCCACGUGAGGACGCACACUGGAGAACGGCCGUAUGUCUGUCCGGUUUGCAACGAAGCUUACAUAGAUGCCCGGACGCUAAGAAAGCAUAUGACCAAGUUUCACAGGGACUACGUACCCUGUAAAAUAAUGCUGGAAAAAGAUACUCUUCAAUUUCAUAACCAGGGAACGCAGGUGGAACACGCCAUCAGCAUUUUAGCAGCAGACAUGCAGGAACAAGAAACUGAGAUUAGUGUUGGUGGUGAGGAGAUCGAGGCUGUGGUGGUGACUGGAGACACUCUUGAGGCAAUUGAAGCAGUUGCAACUACUGAACAAUGUUCAUCAGUCUCUACUCUUUCUGACCAAAGCAUCAUGCAGGUGGUAAAUUAUGUACUUGCACAGCAGCAAGGACAGAAAAUGGCUGAAGUUACUCAGGCUAUGGAAACUGUAGAAGUAGAAGUAGCCCAUGUUACAGAGACAGAGUGAGUAGAGCCUGUAAGAGAGAGCAAGGGGGGCCAAAGUCUUACCAUAUGGGGCAGCCAAGCUCUAGCUGGAUAUCUGAGACUUGCAGCGACACCUGUUCUCAAACAGUUAAUCCCCUAUACUGAAUUUCUUGAUAUGAAAUAUUGCACUGUGUGCUACAGGGAAAAAGUUUAAAUGCUUCAGUUUAGGCUAAUGCUUUGAAGGCAAAAAUGUCUGUACUGGUCUGGUU